AUGGCUCCGCACCAUCCAAAUGAUGCGAUGCGCGAAAUCCAGGAGGCACAGAAGGAACAGAGGGCAGCUCUGGACAAGCUUACAAAGCAACUUUCUCAAGUUGCCAUGUCAAUGGAGGAACUGAGAGGGAAUGAAGGAAAGAUCCCUGCUACGGUGCAGCCCACUGGGCGAGAGAACAUCAGGGAGAUCUCCCUGAGAGCCACGAAGGAGGAGCAGAGUCCAGUUCCCUUGAUCAAGCCGCCGGAGGAAGAGAUAAGGAAAAGCAAGGUAUGCGGCGAGACCUCAGGAGAAGGUCAAGGCGAAGGAACUGAGAAGGCCAAGCCCUACCCCUACCUCUGCAUGAUUAUAUGGAGGAGAGAUGCCACGAUUGAUGUGGCCAGUUUAUUCAAGGACGUGGAAGUCAAAGUGCCACUCCUGACGACGUUGAAGAUGCCCCAUAUCAGUAAAUUUGUUAAAGACUACCUGGCAGGAAAGGUCACUGAAGAAGGAAGGAUGGUUAUAGAGGAAAAUGUCCCUGCAGUGAUCCAGCAGAGUGACCUCCCAUCGAAUAAGACCGACGCAGGGAUGUUCACACUCCCAAUCUCAAUUGGAGGCAUUCAAGUGGAACACGCAAUGUGCGAUCUAGGGGCUUCUAUCAAUGUACUGCCAUAUUCUAUAUACAAGAAGCUGGGAGAUGUUAAGCUUGUCGACACCGACAUCAUGCUACAACUAGCCGACAGGUUUUGCAUUCACCCCGAGGGAAUUCUUGAAGAUGGGAUAGUAAAGGUGAAAAAUUUCCUAUACCCAGCCGACUUCUUCGUCAUCAAAAUGACAGAGCCAGCAGCGAAGGAGUCCAGUGGAGUCCUAUAA